AACAGGUUUGACUUGACGCGCACAGUGUGCGUCCAGUCGAGGCUGCGGGAUCUUCUAGUCAAUGGAUGGAGUCUGAGUGGUCAUGAAUGGAAGUCACACUCACCUCUUUUCAACACACAAGUUGCGUUCACUUGCAGGAAGAUUUUAUUUUUCUCCAUCCAAGGACCUCAGACGACAUGGAAAACCACUUUCAGACAGGCUGAGACGCUAAGCUAACCGUGCCAUGCCAGGAGACGCCAGUCAGGACGCCAUGAAGACGCCAGCGAGCGCGGAGAAGCCCGGCGCGGCGCUGCCCGGGACGACGGUCAGCAUCCCGCUGGUCAACGAGGUGCAGCUGGCGGCGGCCACGGGCGGCGCCGAGCUGUCCUGCUACCGCUGCACCGUCCCUUUUGGCGUGGUGGUGCUGAUCGCCGGCGUGGUGGUGACGGCGGUGGCGUACGGCUUCAACUCGCACGGCUCCACCAUCUCCUACCUGGGACUGGUGCUGCUCUCGGCCGGACUGGCGCUGCUGGCGGCCAGCGCCGUGUGCUGGAGGGUGCGGCUGGAGAGGAGGAAGGAGCGCCGGCGGGAGAGCCAGACCACGCUGGUGAGCAACCAGAGGAACAUUUUCACAUGACCUCGCACGCCGCCAACACUUCGUGGAAGACGCUGGACUCCUGGACUGCUGGAGAGCGUGCAGGACGUCUCAUGGGGACGGAAUAUUGCAACAGCUGCUUUCACGCUGCCAGGAACUGGGCAGAAGUUUCUGGAACAAACACAUUCAUCAUGUUAUCAUCACUACUUCAUCACAUGUACCUCGGAGAUGUAUCCUACACUAAAACAUGAAUAAUAAACAAUGGUCAUCUGCACCACAA